AUGUCCAACAGCAGCUCCAUCACCCAGUUCAUCCUCCUGGCAUUCGCAGAUACGCGGGAGCUGCAGCUCUUGCACUUCUGCCUCUUCCUGGGCAUCUACCUGGCUGCCCUCCUGGGCAAUGGCCUCAUCAUCACCGCCAUAGCCUGCGACCACCACCUCCACACCCCCAUGUACUUCUUCCUUCUCAACCUUUCUGUCAUCGACCUGGGCUCCAUCUCCACCACUGUCCCCAAAGCCAUGGCCAAUUCCCUCUGGGACACCAGGGCCAUCUCCUUUGCAGGAUGUGCUGCUCAAGUCUUUCUGUUUGUCCUUUUCAUGUCAGCAGAGUUUUAUCUUCUCACCAUCAUGGCCUACGACCGCUACAUUGCCAUCUGCAAACCCCUGCACUAUGGGACCCUCCUGGGCAGCAGAGCUUGUGUGAAAAUGGCAGCAGCUGCCUGGGGCAGUAUUUUUUUCUAUGCUGUGCUGCACACAGCCAAUACAUUUUCACUACCUCUCUGCCCAGGUAAUGCCUUGGACCAGUUCUUCUGUGAAAUUCCACAGAUCCUCAAGCUCUCCUGCUCAGAUGCCUACCUCAGGGAAGUUGGGUUUAUUGUGGUUAGUGCUUGUUUUAGUUUUGGGUGUUUUGUUUUCAUUGUGCUGUCCUAUGUGCAGAUCUUGAGGACCGUGCUGAGGAUCCCCUCAGAGCAGGGACGGCACAAAGCCAUUUCCACAUGCCUCCCUCACCUGGCUGUGGUCUCCCUGUUCAUCAGCACUAUCAUGUUUGCCCACCUAAAGCCCCCCUCCAUCUCCUCCCUAUCCCUGGACCUGGUGAUGGCAGUUCUGUACUCGGUGGUGCCUCCAGCAGUGAACCCCCUCAUCUACAGCAUGAGGAACCAGGAGCUCAAGGAUGCCCUAAGGAAACUGAUGACUGGUUGCUUUUCAGAAGUAGCAAUGAACUGCCCAUCUUCUUCUGCAUAUCACUUGUCACAUAACUCAUUACAUGCCCAGACUCUCUUUGCUACAUUCAUCUCAGCUGCCUUGGACAGGCUCAUUGCAAGUGCUCCUGACUGCUCCUUGCCUGUGAUUCUGGAUUGUGACCUCAAAAGUGCCGGAGCAAUCAUGGAGGUUCUGUGGUCCUUGGAAAAAGCAGACGUCAAACCCCUCUUCAAGAAGGGCAGGGAUGAGGAUUGA